AUGCUUUCCAAAUGGCUCUUGCUCGGCGCCCUGCCGGCCGCCGUUCUCGCAGGAGACACGCUCUCCACCCACGGCUUCACGCCGUGUCUAAACAAUGCGUCAAUCGAAAUCAAUAAGAUGGACGUCACCUUCAACCGCGCCACCAAAAUGGUCGUCUUCGACGUCGCCGGUACGAGUACUAAGGAGCAGAAGGUCAUGGCUUCGUUGGCCGUGUCAGCGUACGGCAAGGAAGUCUACAGCAAGAGUUUCAAUCCUUGCGAAGAGGACACCUACGUCGAGCAGCUGUGUCCGGUGCCCGCCGGAACUUUCUCUGCACAAGGAGACCAGGCCAUUCCUGACCAGUUCUCAUCCAUGAUUCCUGCCAUUGCUUUCACCAUUCCCGAUUUGGACGGACAAGCCAAGAUGGAGCUGACUCCAAUGGAUGGCGGCGACGACCUUGCCUGUAUCACUUCGACCCUGACUAACCAAAAAUCCAUGAGCGUACCCGCCGUUCCUUACGUUGCCGCUGGUAUCGCAGGCGCAGCUCUCCUCAUGACUGGUGCGUCGGCUCUCGGUGCCAGCGCAGGCGCGGCCGGCGGUGUUGGCUCUGUCAGCCCGAGUCCCAACUUCUCCGAAGUCAUGGGUUGGUUCCAGUCAAUGUCCAUGACCGCCAUGAUGAGUGUCAACUACCCUUCGGUCUACACCAGCUUCGCCAAGAACUUUGGCUUCAGCAGCGGUUUGAUUGGCUGGAGUAACAUGCAGACUGCGAUCGACAACUUCAGAAAGGCUACUGGUGGCAACCUUACCGAGGCCAACUACGAAUGGUUAAUGAGCGCUACAAUCGUCCAGGACAGCGGAAGUAGCAAGUCCAAGCGUGGGCUUGAGUACGCGAACAUCUUUGCGCGCGAAGUCACAGCCACUGUCAACGGUUCUACCUCGACUACCGGCAGCGCAAGCUCGAACGGAACCACCUCUGCAAAGGAUGAAAUUAUGGAGUACGUCCACGGUGUUAAGGGGUUCGCUGAGAAGCUUUCGAUUCCUAGUACGAACACCUUCAUGACUGUCCUGCUUGUAUUCUCUAUCGUCAUCGCUUCCAUUACCGUCGGUAUCUUGCUGUUCAAGGUCAUUCUGGAAACCUGGGCGCUCUUCAGCACUUUCCCCGAAAGGCUCACCAACUUCCGCAAGCGUUACUGGUGGAUUUUGGCCAAGACGAUUACCAACUUGAUCAUGCUGCUCUACGGUGCCUGGACCCUGUACUGCGUGUACCAGUUCACUCACGGUGACUCCUGGGGCGCUCUCGUCCUGGCCGCUGUUACUUUGACCAUCUUCACGGGUGUUCUGGCAUUCUUCGCAUUCCGAAUCUGGCAGAUCGCCACCAAGUACAAGAAGCUUGAGGGUGAUACAUCCGCUCUUUUCGAGGACAAGGAGACUUGGAGGAAGUACAGCAUGUUCUACGAGAACUACCAGAAGGGAUAUUGGUGGCUUUUCGUCCCAACAAUCGCCUAUGCGUUCGCCAAGGGCGUUGUUGUCGCGGCCGGCGAUGGCCACGGUCUUGCGCAGACGUCCGCUCAACUCAUUAUCGAAGCUCUUAUGCUCAUCUUGCUCCUUUGGUCCAGACCCUACUCCCUCAAGUCCAGCAACGUCAUCAACUGUACCAUCCAGGCCGUCCGCUUUCUUUCUGUCCUCUGCGUGCUCGUCUUCGUUGAAGAGCUGGGAAUCUCGCAGACAACUCAGACCGUCACCGGUAUCGUUCUUGUCGUCAUCCAGUCUGUGUUGACUGGCGCUUUGGCCAUUUUGAUUGCUGUCAACUCCAUCAUCACGUGUAUCAAGGAGAACCCGCACAAGAAGCGGAGAAAGGAGCAGGAGAAGCUCAACCGCGAUCUCGACGACCUUACUCCUCUCGACGCACGCAACUCCCUUCUUAUGGAUCCCAUCGAGUACAAGGGCGCACGCGGCUCCAUAAUCCAGACAAAGGGCUACGACCCUGUUCCUAUGAAGGAGGGCUACGGCCACCACCUUCGCAGCAAUAGCAAGGAAAACCUUCUUACCGAUGCUGCGAGUAUGGGCUCGCGCGACGAGCGGAGCAGGAGUCCGCCGCGCGAGCGUACCCCUCGAUUGCCGGAUAUCGAAGCCGGCAACGGCGGAUAUAAGGGCGCGGCGUACUAG